AUGACUAAAGAUAACUACUCCUUGACAACUGAAUUUAUCCUCAUAGGAUUUACAGAUCACCCAGAGCUGAAGACCCUUCUGUUUUUGCUGUUCUUUGUCAUCUAUGUGAUCACCAUGGUGGGGAAUCUUGGUCUGGUGGUAUUGAUUUUUAUGGAGCGUCGUCUUCAUACACCAAUGUACUUCUUCCUGGGCAAUCUUGCUCUGAUGGAUUCCUGUUGUUCCUGUGCCAUCACACCCAAGAUGUUAGAGAACUUCUUCUCUAAGGAUAGGCUGAUAUCCCUCUAUGAAUGCAUGGCCCAAUUUUAUUUUCUCUGUCUUGCUGAAACUGCGGACUGCUUUCUCCUGGCAGCAAUGGCCUAUGAUCGCUAUGUGGCUAUAUGCAACCCACUGCAGUACCACACCAUGAUGUCAAAGAAACUCUGCAUUCAGAUGACCACAGGAGCCUACAUAGCAGGAAACAUACAUUCUAUUAUUCAUGUAGCAUUUCUGUUUAGGUUGACAUUCUGUCGAUCUAAUCAAAUCAAUCAUUUUUUUUGUGAUGUUCUUCCACUGUAUAGACUUUCCUGUGCUGAUCCUUAUAUCAAUGAAUUGAUGAUUUUUAUCUUUUCAGGGUCAGUUCAAGUCUUCUCUAUUACCAUUGUCAUACUCUCUUAUCUAAGCAUUCUUUUUACAAUUUUCAAAAUGAAAUCCAAAGAGGGAAGAGGGAAAGCCUUAUCUACUUGUGCAUCUCACUUUCUCUCUGUCUCAAUGUUCUAUGGUUCCCUUCUGUCCAUGUACAUUCGACCAAGUUCAGUUGAAAAGGGGGAAAAUGAUAUACCCAUUGCUAUUUUUUAUACUCUAGUGAUUCCUUUAUUAAAUCCUUUUAUUUAUAGUCUAAGAAAUAAGGAAGUAAUAAAUGUUAUAAAAAAUGUUAUGAAGAAAAUUUAA